ACCAAAAACGUUUCUGGUUUUUUCUCCUCCACCAGUUCUCUCUAAUGGCUUCCAAAAUCCAUAUGUUCAGGCAAUCAGCCAUGGAAGCUGGAAACCCUGGGAAGUAUUAUAUCAAUCCGUCUGAGAAACUGAUGAGCAAAGUAUCUGAUUGGGAAGUUGUAGAACAUGAAGAUGCUAUUGAGAUGAUUUUCUACAGGGCUGGUUUUAAGGGUAUUCCAAUUUUAGGCAAAAUAUACUACGAUCAGGCUAUUGGCGAUUGUGAGAACAAGGAUGACGAGUGCAGUUACAUAAUGAAUACUGAUUAUCUUGAUGGUAAGAAACUUAAUGGUGAGGUUACAGACGGGUUUUAUAAGGUUUACAUUCCUAAAAUCAAAGGUUAAAAUAAGAAGAAGGUUCUAUAUAGGAGGAGUACAUGCUGAGUAUUACUAGUACUAGUAACGGAGAUAGAAGGUGGUUCACUUGGUUUUUAAAUAUGAAAAUUUCUUUCUAGUCUUUUUUUUUAUUUAUUUUCUUAGUUUUUUCCUAGGAUUUCUAGUUUUAGUUUCUAGGAGUUUUUGAGAAUGAUUGGUAUUUUGAUCAUUAGUGGGCUUAGUGAAAA